GGGGGAGGCGGCGGGGGGUGGAGUGGAAUCGGCGCCGCCCGCCUCCCACCCUCCCCGGCGGUGCCGAGCCUCGAAAGGUCCCGCUUUCCCCCUGCGUUACGGUGUAGCGGGGGGAGGCGGGUCCGUCCUGUCCCGGGGUGUUGUGAAGAUCUAGUGGAUUGCUGUGGGGACGACAUAGGGGAGAAGGGCCGCCCUACCGGGGGUCCCCAUAGGUUGGGGGGGGAAGGAAAAUAAGCCCUGCUAAAAUAGGAUUGUUAUCAAAGGGAUCUGAUAUUUUUAAAACGACUAUAAUAGAGAUCAGGACGAGGAAGAAGGUUUUAUUCUAGAAAGUGGCUGGGUUUUGGCUUACAUAGUGGUUUACGAUAGGCGGGUGGGUCGUGUUCUCCCCCCCCCCCCCCCCGGGGUUAUUAAUUAUCUUUGUCUCCGCCGGGCUCCCGGGGUGGGCAGCGCUCCCCUCCGCCGCGCCGGUGCCGGGGGAGGCCCCUCCACUGCAUGGGGGAUCAGCGCCCCGGGCUCCCGCAGGCGGCGGCUCCCAGCCCACCGCCGGGUGCCGCGGGCGCCGGCUUCUUCCCCUCCCGAGUGGCUCCUUCCUCCUCCUGCCCCUUCUCACCCGCUGUAACCGGUUCCUCGGGAGGGUCGCCGCCGCCCUCUCUGUCCCCCUCGGCGGCCGCUGCUGUGCAUCAUCAGAACAUGCAGGAUGAGCUGAUCCUGGGGGUGACACAGCAGCAGCCAGGCAACGAGAGGCUGGGCAGCAGCCCCGCAUCAGGACACCCCCCUCUCGGCCACCCCUCCUCUGACUUUAAACCCAGUGUCAGCCCCCACCAGGAUUUAAACAAGCAGCAACCGCAGCAGCAACAGCCGCCGCCUCCUCAGCUGAGCCAGAAGAGGAAAGAGUUUAAGCAGCAGCAGCGGCGGCUCGGCAGCCCAGCCCAGCUCGGCAGCAGCCACCCCCUGAAUAACCACCACCCCCCAGACUAUCAUCACCACCCCCCUCAGCAGCAGCAGCAGUUCAGCCACCCCACUGACAAGUACCAGCAGCAGGAGCGCAGGCAGCAGCAGCAGCAGCUCCGACUCCUCGGCGCUCGCCCCCCGGAGCCGCCGCGCCGCCGACCCCCCAGCCCCGCCGAGAGCCCGGGCGGCGCGGACAGCGGGGCUCCGGAGCGGCUCGCCCCUUCCUGCCCGGGGGCACCGGCGCCCGCCGACCCCAAUGUGGGGGUGGCCGCCGCCUCCUGCGUGAAUCCGCCUCCGUCUCCUCCUCGCCCGCAAGCGAGCGCCGAGCCGCCCCCCAUGGAGUCCCCCCCGAACAGCCACUUGCUGGGCAGCCCCGGGACCCUGCUGCCCGGCGGGCUGGGCUCCGGCUUCAGCAGCCUGCAGAGCCCGGAGAUCCCCAGCCCCCAUCACCAGAGCGGGGGCGGCUCCUCCUCGGCCGCUUCCCCUCCUCCUCCGCCGCUGCCCGGCUUCGGCACCCCCUGGUCGGUGCAGACCUCUUCGCCGCCUCCCCAGCAGACGCAGCAGCCGCCGGUCUCCAGCGGCGCCCAGAUCAGCGCGAUGCCGCCGCCCAGCCCGGAGUCCGACGCCAGCUUCUACCCGGGCAUCCCGUCCUCCAUCAACCCCGCCUUCUUCCAGAGCUUCUCGCCGGUGUCGCCUCACAACCCCUGCGCCGGGCCCUUCAGCAGCCCCUUCUCGGCCCCGCCGCCGCCGCAGAUGAAUUUACCUCAGCAGCAGCAGCAGCAGAACCGCCGGUCCCCCGUGAGCCCCCAGCUCCAGCACCAACACCAGGCGGCGGCCGCCGCCGCCGCCUUCCUGCAGCAGAGGAACUCGUACAACCACCACCAGCCUCUUCUGAAGCAGUCACCCUGGAGCAAUCAAAGUAGCGGCUGGAGCACGGGAAAUAUAUCCUGGGGAGGAAUGCAUGGCAGAGACCAUCGUAGAACUGGAAACAUGGGAAUUCCAGGAACUAUGAACCAGAUCUCUCCUUUGAAGAAGCCCUUUUCUGGUAACGUCAUCGCUCCUCCUAAAUUUACUCGCUCUACUCCAUCACUAACACCAAAAUCGUGGAUUGAAGAUAACGUUUUCCGAACUGACAACAACAGUAAUACGCUCCUUCCGUUGCAGGAUCGAAAUAGAAUGUAUGACAGUCUGAAUAUGCACUCUUUGGAAAACUCCCUUAUUGACAUUAUGAGAGCAGAGCAUGAUCCACUUAAAGGUCGCUUGAGUUAUCCACAUCCAGGGACUGACAAUCUUCUGAUGUUAAAUGCAAGGAGUUAUGGGCGAAGACGAGGCCGUUCUUCCCUCUUCCCCAUAGAUGAUGGUUUGCUGGAUGAUGGUCAUAGUGAUCAAGUUGGAGUCCUGAAUUCACCUACCUGCUUUUCAGCUCAUCAGAAUGGAGAACGAAUUGAGCGUUUUUCUCGAAAAGUGUUUGUUGGAGGUCUUCCACCAGAUAUUGAUGAAGAUGAAAUUACUGCUAGCUUCAGACGAUUUGGGCCUUUGGUAGUAGACUGGCCUCACAAAGCAGAAAGCAAGUCCUAUUUUCCACCAAAAGGUUAUGCGUUCCUCCUGUUCCAAGAAGAGAGUUCUGUUCAGGCCCUAAUUGACGCCUGCAUUGAAGAAGAUGGAAAGCUCUACCUGUGUGUUUCGAGUCCUACUAUCAAGGACAAGCCAGUUCAGAUCCGUCCCUGGAAUCUAAGUGAUAGUGACUUUGUGAUGGAUGGUUCCCAGCCACUUGAUCCUCGAAAAACUAUUUUUGUUGGAGGAGUCCCUAGACCAUUAAGAGCUGUGGAAUUGGCUAUGAUCAUGGACCGUCUCUAUGGUGGAGUCUGUUACGCAGGAAUUGAUACUGAUCCUGAGCUGAAGUACCCAAAAGGUGCUGGACGUGUUGCUUUCUCCAAUCAGCAGAGUUACAUUGCUGCCAUCAGUGCUCGUUUUGUUCAACUUCAGCAUGGCGAUAUUGAUAAAAGAGUGGAGGUAAAGCCAUAUGUGUUGGAUGACCAGAUGUGUGACGAAUGCCAGGGCGCACGAUGCGGUGGAAAGUUUGCUCCUUUCUUUUGUGCCAAUGUCACUUGCCUGCAGUAUUACUGUGAGUUUUGUUGGGCAAAUAUCCACUCUCGUGCAGGACGUGAAUUCCAUAAGCCAUUGGUAAAGGAGGGGGCUGACCGCCCACGUCAGAUCCACUUCCGCUGGAAUUAAACAUGGUGAACCAGCAUCUACAUAAGGAAAGAAGGGUGCAUGUGGCUUACUGUGUUUGAAGAUACUGACAUGCAGAAGAAAUAAGUGCAUUCUUCUGCUUUUCACCCCAGCUAUCAAUACAUGCAUCUUUAUCAGCAGCCAAAACACUACAAGCCUCUUGUUUUUCACCAAAACCCUACAUCUCAGGCUUACUAAUUUUUGUGAUAUUUUCAUGUUAAAAUAAAAUGUUUUUUUGUAUUUUCUCCAAGUUAUUUUUAUAUGUAAAGUUAAAACUAGAUAUGAGAAUGUUUUUGCGUAGGGGCACACAGUCUGCUGCUAUAUUUAGUGGGUGAAGCGUGCACUUAUUUCUAAACAUGGGUUUUUAACUUCAAGAUCUGCCCCAGUAAUUUACCAAAGGUAGCAAAAUAGUGAAGAUGGAAUAUGUCUGCUACAAAAAGCUUAUUUUUAUUGUUGUUGCUAUUUUCAGUGUAUACAUAAACUAAAAAUUAGGGUUGAUUUUUUGCUCUCCAUUUUGACUUGCAAGAAAUAAUACCUCAAGAUAAUCUGAUUUAUUAGCUAUUUUUAAACAUUUUUAAUCACAAGCUGUAUUAGCUUUGCUGCUAUAUAGGUGUUAUGUGUAAUGCCACCUAUUAAUACGGGAUUGAAACGUUUAAGACACACUGCAUUACAGAUUAAAUGCAGGCAGCACAAUAUGGCCUAAACUGCCAUAGUUUUAGAAUGUGAAAAAAUUGCAUGUUUACUUACCUGUAUACACCAUAUGCAUGCACUAGAACUAUUAAUUAACAAGAGGUGAGUUAUUGCAGAUGUUCAAAAAAAGGCUCUCUUGAAACUAGGUAGCAUGAGCAAAUUUACAAAAUUUGUUACAAAAAACAAACUUGCAUGCAUUGUUGUGACUGAAGUAAAACAAUGUCCUACAUGUGUACAAUAUGCAAAUUAGUUUUAGACUAGAAAGUGCAGCCAUUUUGUGACCUGGUCAGUAGUGGAAUUCAAUUUUAUGCAGACUGGAUGUAAUAUUGUAAUCCCUGUGCAAUUCUGUGAUGUGUGCUUCUACUUAAUGUGGUGUGAAGUAGUAUAGAUACAAGUUUGAGUAAAAAGCUAGCGUUUAAAAAGUUCUUUUAAGCCCCCUUGAUUGUUCAUGGUUAAGAUUUCCUCUACAAACCAAAGAUGGCCAGCACACUGCUAACCAGUCACCAAAUGUGAAACCCAUGACAAAUGCAUACAAAAAUAGACAUCUAUAAGAAUGCGUAAUGCUUUAGAAAUUAAAUCUAAGUAAAGUCAAAAUGGAGAAGGUGUAAUAUACAGACGGCUAGUUGCAUAACAAACUAAGUUUUACCUUUAAGACAACAGUGAAAUUUGGCUUAAAAAAUCUUGCUUACAUGUUUGACCUGUGUGUGUUGUGGUCUUCUGUCAAACUGGGGUCACUGUUGCAUGAAAAGUAGCUACUUGACAGUCAAGGAUAGUGGGUUUAUUUUAAUGAAGGAGUUCUAGUAAUGACAUUGCUUGCAGAUUUUGAAAAACAAAUGUAGUUAGGACAGAGGCAAUAUUUAACUGAACACUAAGAGAAAAUCAUAGCAGUGUUUUUGUCUAUCUCAGAGCAUUUUUAAUGCAACUAGCCCCUACUUUUUAACGGAACAGUUAUUCUGCAGUCUAAGCAAGCACUCAACGGUAAAUGUUGUAAUGCAGAAUUAAAAGCCUGAUACUAGAGUUGGAAUUACAAGGGUGUUGUUCUUCGCAAUCCCUUGGGACAAUCCUUCAUGUAAGCAAAGUGUUGAUCUUAUAUUGGUUGUCUACGGUGUACUUUUUUGUACUGUACA